UCUCUCUACCCCUAACAUCUUCCCUCUUGAAAUUCUUCCAUCACAAAUCUCUCUCUCUCUCUCUCCAGUCAUGAAGGUUCAGAGCAAGAAAACCCACAAAGGCAAGCCCGGGCCGAAGAUAUCUAAGGACUGUAGUGGGAUCAGAAAGCCUGAAAAGAAGCAGCAGGUCAUACCUGAGGAGAGAUCUCGGCCACCCAUCAUCAUCUACACCCAAACUCCGGAAAUCAUACACAUUGAAGCUCAAGAUUUCAUGAGCCUUGUCCAAAGACUCACAGGAAAAGAAUCGGGCUCGGUAUCGAGUUCGGAUAUGAUUUCCUCUUCUUCCUCUCUUUCGGGAUCAGGUUCAGGUUCGGUCGUGAAACUCUCGGAUGGUGCAGGGACCGACUCCGAGAGCCCUGCUUUCCUCUAUCAACCAUCAGUGCUUGGGGCCUUUAGUGAGUGUUUGAAGGCCACUAAAUCUGAUGAUUUGUUUUCUUUCUAUGACUCCCUUGUGGAUGGUGGGGAAGAUCUCUUCUCUCUUCUUUCUUACCAUGAAUAGAAUUCCAAUUGUUUUUCUUUUCCUCAAAUUAACAUUUUCUACCAAAUGAACAUGUUCUUCAAUAUUCUUUCAUUCAAUUUUUGUUAUUUCAGUCUUUUCAUGUGAUGGGUUG